GCUGGUUCCGAGUCCAGCUUCCAAUUGACCAUGCUGGGCCUGGUAGAGUCGGCUGCUUUUAAACGUGCCCUGUUCUUCCAUGUGUGUAAAUACAGCAGCGAAUCCCGGCUGAGGCCUCUUACCUGGUUCAUUUGGGCUGCUCUUUGUGAGUGUCAGGUUGGCAGGCUACCAGGCUCACUGUUCCCCACUUGUUUCUGCAGUCAGCACGGCGCGCAGGGUGACCCGCUCCGCAGUACUGCUUGGGCACGAUGGCCACGCCUUUCGUUCCAGUUCCGGUCCCCGUGGAGCGAGUCCAGCGAGGCAGGAGCCCCUCGCGAGUCUGGAGGACAUCCUCAUCUGGAAGUACAUCCACCAGCUCCAAUUCGCCAUCCAGAGCACAGGGGAAUGAGGCAGGACCCUCUGCACAGGCUCAGCCGAACGGGAUAGGCUCAUCCAUACAGGGUUCUGCGCCUCUCCGGGUGGAAGAGGGCUCUCAGGGGCCUAACUGGGAGGAGCGGCCCCUGACCCCAACCCUGCUAGGCUACGAGGUCAUGGAGGAGCGUGCAAAAUUCACGGUCUACAAGAUCCUAGUACGGAAGACUCUGGAAGAGAGCUGGGUGGUCUUCCGGAGGUACACUGACUUUGCGAGGCUUAACGGGAAGCUGAAGGAGAUGUUCCCCGGAUUUCGCCUGGCCCUGCCGCCCAAGCGCUGGUUUAAGGAUAACUACAACACGAGCUUCCUGGAGGACCGGCAGCUGGGGCUGCAGGCAUUUCUGCAGAACCUGGUGGCUCACAAAGACAUCGCCAACAGCGUGGCUGUGCGGGAGUUCCUGUGCCUGGAUGACCCACCAGGUCCCUUUGACAGCUUAGAAGAGAGUCGGGCAUUCUGUGAAACCUUGGAGGAGACCAACUAUCGCCUGCAGAAGGAGCUGAUGGAGAAACAGAAGGAGAUUGAGGCCCUCAAGAAGGUCCUGCUUGAAAAGCAGGUACACGUAGAUGCUUUGGAGAAGCGGAUGAGCACCGCUUCCCUGAGCCCCGGCAGCCUGGACAGCCCCUGCCGACUCUCAGGCGUGGGCAGCGAGAGCAGUGCUGAGGUGGAUGUGGAGUGUUCAGCAGUCGAAGCCGACCAGGACUUGGAGGAGCAGGAGAACAGCUGUGAGGUCCAGUUUCCUGGGAAGGAGCAUUCGGCCUGCUGGUGCGGACCCCCCCCGGGAAGUUCCCCCCCAGUUCUGCAGGUGGAGUCGAUGCUGGAGGUGCGGCUGGAACACUGACGAUCCCGCCAGCCUGUGGCCUGCCCUCCUCCCCCACCCUUGCGCCAUGGUCUCUCCUGCUAUCUCUCCCAUUCUGUGGAAACGAUCCUCUGAUUUCCUUCGAAGUUCUAGUUCCGGUGGAACCUCCCGUUUGCAUGGAUGAAGAGGUCGACUGCUCGGCCCUGGCAUGGCGUCCCCCACACCCGCUGUUCUCCUCAGCAAGCUGCUCUCUCUGCUCGACAGUCCCAGGGAACGGUUCCCCCGUCUGUUCGGAUUUCAUCACUCGCACUCCUGGAAGAAGCCGGAUGUUCCCUCAUGGUUGUGUUCUCCAGCGGAGAUGUUUAAAGAUUCAGACCUUCUCUGUGACCCGAACUGGAAGGCAGAAGAAACCGCUCUGCUUGUUUGAAAAUGCACAGUGGGAGAGACUUUAUCUCCAUUAAACUGGGCCGUUCCCCCCGUGCAGGGCAGCAGGAUCUGGGCCUGGUGUUUUUGCUGUGUCACUUUUCGGACUGGCUUCCUUGGAGCUGCUCUCAUGCUGCUGUUACAGGGACACAGGGCUCCAUUUUCUCGCCGGCACUGCACAGAACCUCGGUGCGCGUUACUCUCCGUGGACGUUUUACGUUUAUUAUGGCUGCUCCCACUUUAUAAACAGCGCGCUAAAAAAGGCUGAUGGGAGGCCUCGUGCAAUGCGCCCGGUGCAUGCAUUUCCCGGUGGUUCCACAAGGUGGUGUCUUGGCACAGUGGCACACUGCCUCUGACCAACUUGGAGAGAACUGCUACCAAUCAUCUUUCCGUCUUGAGUUUAAAUCACGGCCAAGCCAGUGCGCAACACUUUGUCAUCAGCUGAAUAGCAGGUUUACCCUGGAAUAUCUCAAUCAUAUUUUAUGGAUUUAUUUUGGGGGAUGUUUACUUUUUUGGGACAUUGAAUGUGUCACCCCGAUAAGUAGGAAAACAUCAGUGAAGGUGACCCUUUAAACGCACUACGGGCCUCUCUGACUCCCCUUCUUAGCGUACGACCUCCAGUGACCCUCCUUUGCAUCAUGUGACUUUGCUUAUAGUGCUCUUGAGUUCCAUAUUCUGGAGGUUUUAUAAUCUGCUUUGGGUUUUACAAUCUACAAUCAUUACUUACAACUGAAAGUCCCCCCCCCCCCCUCCCAUUUUAAAACACUCCGAGCUGUGGGCUCAUUCUUGGGUGGAAUGCCUUCUUGGAUGUAAGACUUCCCCCACGGCGCAUGCCCAUCAGCUGCUGCCUGUGAGCUCGCUGCUGUCUACUGCUACUUCCGCUCAGGUCAUACGGCUGGAUGCAGGCGCUCCGGUAGCCUUCGUGACAUGCGUUCGGUCUGUGUCCCACUUCUGAAAAUCUCGCCCUGCAAAAUGAGGUGGCUCUUUAACAAAGUGCCUUAACUGUCUCGUCUGUUUGUAAAUCGCCGCCUCAUAGCCUGUUUGGCGAAUCUGCCACCACUUUGACUGGUUUGGCCAUAACCUUUUCCCAGUGACCCUUUGUCCCCCUCCCUCCUUCUUGCCCUGCUUCAUUUCCUUGAGGCUUUCUGAUAGUAACUAAGCCGCAGUUUGUCCUCCAGAUAUGAAGGGUGGGGGGGGGGUGCUUAAAAUCUGACUGUAUGAGUGACUGUAUGAGCCAAACCUGGAGACAUUUCCAUGCCACAAAAUGCAUCGCUGAGGUCUGUUGUGUCGAAUUCAUUGGAAGGAGGAAAAUAUGUGAGAUGUGUGUUUUAAUACCGCGACUCCGAUGUGGAGCUGCUGAUUUAUUUUUAAACAACUCGUUAUGCAUCAUAGUGCCUUCGAACCCGUUUUCCCCAAACGCCCCCUUCUGGUUGAACUUCGUCAUCCUUAUGUUUUCCGCCAUGCAUGAAAAGGGGCUCCCAGUAGUCAGUGUGCCUUGUCUGACAGUUGGGGGUGCUGCGACAGCCUGACGGACCCCGUGCGUUAUGCUGGCUCUUGGACACGCCUGAAGGUUAGCUGAGGAAUGAUACGGUGAGGCUGUGUGUGGGUGUAAUGUUGUUUGGGGAACACGGUGUACUGUAGUGCUGUUUUUAUUUUAACUUCCUCAGGAUAAACGAUCAAUGGGCAUGUCUCUCGGUGUAAUAAAUUAAAUAAACGCAGAAGGAAAGUG